GUGCGCAAAUGAUUUUCAUGUCUUGUGCAUUAUGGCCCGAUUGGAUGUUGUUAUAAGGUGCUUCUGCGCUCCUAUCGUGUACUAAAGGAUUUUCAUGUAUCACUUUUCUUUUUUGAUUUUCUGGAUCUGGUUAAAUCACAUUCGUAGGGUAGAGCGGUUGCGGCAGUGAAGAUGAGAGUAAUGGCGAGGUUCUAUGUUCCUCAGUCUUCAUACUCGUGCUUUUGUAUGGGUUCAUGUUCUCUUAUAAUUUGCCUCAUCGCAUGCAAGGUACUCUGUCAGUCUUGUCCGUUUCAGGCGCCAGCUGACAGAGCCCAGACACCACUGGUAAGGUCGUCCACCCUCAACGAACCUACAUCACCAGAGAGUUUCACAUUCCUCGGUUGUACAGUCACAUUGCCUCAUUCAAAGCGCAUGCGCCUUCAAAGUAAUCAUGUCUUGUGUCAAAAAAAGUCCUCUUCACUUUUACUAGGUGAAACAAUGGUGUACACUUCUUCUAUUGUUCGCGCAUAGGCUGAAUAAAGAACUACUUAGAAAGUGGUCACCAACAUGGGUAUUGUACGACCAAAAGCCAAAAUAGACAUUGUGCUUUGCCUUUAUUCCGAACUCAGGGUUGGCAUAAGUACAAUCUUCUCAACUUCAACAUUUGGUU